UAAGAAGCGGCAGAGUCACGCGCCAUCGAGUCACGUGACCGUGGUUGAGGCGACCUAACAUCGUUUAGCGACGUUAAAGUCGGCCUUUCGCCUUAUUUUGUCUUCUCGAUCCGAUUCGACACUUUUGAACUCUUGGGUCGCCGCUGUGACCGAGCAGCCGAGUUUCAGGGGCACGCAUGCGCCUGAGAGACUUGAAUCAUCACUGACGUCAUCAGCUGCAGCCUCCGUCACGCCAUGGCGCUGGCGUGGUGCUCGCUGGUCUUGAGUUUGCUGGGCGCAGGCGCGGCGCUGGUGUGUCCCGACGGCACCGCCUGCCACGACGGAAGCACGUGCUGCGAGGACGUCCUGGGCCGAUACGGGUGCUGCCCCUUGCCCAACGCCGUGUGCUGCUCCGACGGCCUCCGCUGCUGCCCGCACGGCACCGUGUGCGACCUGCAGCACGCCACGUGCGCCAACACGACGGCGUCGCUCCCCUGGACGAGGUCACUUCCUCCCGAGCGGAGCGGGCGAGGGUCGGCCGUGAUGUGCCCGGACCGGCAUUCCGAGUGCCCGGACGCCACCACUUGCUGCCAGCUCCCCGACGGCUCGUGGGGGUGCUGCCCGCUGGCCAAGGCGGUGUGCUGCGACGACAAGCGCCACUGCUGUCCCGAGGGAACCGCCUGCGACCUCUCGCGGUCCAUAUGCGCGUCGGCGGGCAGAGACUGGCGAGGCUGGCGACCCCUGGUGGAAAAGCUUCCUGCCGGGCCCGGUCUCGGCGCUCCAGCGACGUGUCCCGACGAGACGACGUGCUGCCAAGUGAGCUCGGGCGCGUACGGCUGCUGCCCCGUGCCCGACGCCACGUGCUGCUCGGACCGCCUCCACUGCUGCCCUCACGGCACCGUGUGCAACUUGGCCGCCGGCACGUGCGACGAGGCCGCGGGCGAACGCCGCGACCCGGAGACCCGCGACGACCCGCCGCUCGCCGAGGCGGUCGCCGUGACGACGGUGAACGCACGCGACGAGCGGACCGGCCGCCCGCCGCCGCAGGCAGUGUGCUGCGAGGACGGCUCCCGCCGCCCCCCCGCCGGGCACACGUGCCUCCCCCGCCGCUCGUCCCGCUCCCGAGGACGCCGCGUGAUCCCCUGGCUCGCCAAAGCGCCCGCCGCCACGCGCCCGGCGGCCGUCGCCGACGUCAAGUGCGACGACAAGAGCAGCUGCGCGGCGGGCACUACCUGCUGCAAGCUGCCCACCGGGGAGUGGGGGUGCUGCCCGCUCGUCAAGGCUGUGUGCUGCGCUGACCGCGAGCACUGCUGCCCACAGGGGUACUCGUGCAACAUGGAGACGGGCACGUGCGAGAAGAAGACGCACGCGGCGUCCGUGGCGCCGGAGGUCGGCGGCGUGCCCUGCGACGCGGCGGCGACGUUCACCUGCGCCCGGCGGGAGACGUGCUGUCGGACCACCGUCUCGCAGUGGGCUUGCUGCCCCUCGCCCCAGGCGGUUUGCUGCGCCGACAUGAAGCACUGCUGCCCCGCCCGCUUCUCGUGCCACCCGAGCGGCGGCUGCGUCCGGGCGGCGCCCGGUUGGGACGGCCACGCGUGACGCGCCGGUUUCUGUUUUCGAACGCCGGACACGCCCCCUUCCUCCGUGAUGUCACCGCCCCUUGGACGGCUUUCGUGUUUUAAUCCGAAAGACGAUUUGAUCACAUGACCACCGCCGGCCAAUCAGCUUUUGCUCGUCCUCUUUGCAACAGCUCAAAGUAUUUUUAAUGAGUUAACUUUCAAUAAAAUCCUACGUGUCUGAA